GCUUUCUUCUGGGAAAGUCGAACCACUGAUGGAACCGAGAAGCCACUGCUGGCUAUAGAGGGAAAGCACCGGUGGCGGCGCGGGCGCUGUCCAGCGUGCUGAAGCCGGAGUGAGCGAACCGCCCGAAACUGCGCCGACCCAGCGGAGCCAAGCCUACUGGACGCCAGACCUCGACCGUCGCUCGUAUCCCAGCCACCGCUCGGAGCCGAGGCUAGACGCGUCCCGAUCUUCCCCUGUCCCCACCCCGUCCCGACCCUCCUUUCUACCUCCCGCAUCGUGACACCAGCUGUCUCAGGCAGUGCUUUGGUCAUGAAAUCGCUCUGGCUGCCGGCUUCCGCCCUCUUCUGCUUCCUUCUACUGAUUAAGGGGUUGGGAGCAGCGCCCCCGGGGUAUCCUGACGCGCAGCCACCUCCCCUCAGCUCUGAGCAUAAAGAGACGGUUGCUGGGGACGCAGCGCCCGGACCAAAGGAUGAUAGCACCUCAGAGGUCCGAGCCGCUCGAAAUUCAGAGCCGCAGGUCGAGGGAGAGCUUUUCCAGGGUGUGGAUCCCCGGGCGCUGGCCGCGGUGCUGCUCCAGGCACUCGACAGCCAGGGCUCGUCCCCGGCGCCCGGCGAUUCCCAGCAGGGGCCAGAGGAAGGAGCAGCUGAAGAUUUGACCGAGACCGUGCGCAGCCAGACCCACAGCCUUCCGGCGCCAGAGACCCAGAAGCCCGCGGCGCUGCCGCGCCCUCAGACUCAGAAGAAUAGUGCUGAGGCGGGAGAUCCCUCCGAGGAGCUCGAGGAGCUGGCUUCCCUGCUCCAGGAACUGCGAGAUUUCAGUCCCAGCAGCGCCAAGCGCCAGCAAGAGACGGCGGCAGCAGAGACGGAAACUCGCACGCACACGUUGACCCGAGUCAACCUGGAGAACCCCGGGCCGGAGCGCGUAUGGCGCGCUUCGUGGGGCGAAUUCCAGGCGCGCGUCCCAGAGCGCUCGCCCCUAUCUCCCCCGGCUCCCCCGCAAUUCCAGGCGCGUAUGCCCGAGAGCGGGCCCCUUCCCGAAGCCCACCAUUUCGGGGAAGGAUUGUCCUCCCCUAAAACGCACCCAGGUGAGACACUGGCACCCCUGUCCAAGGCGUACCACGACCUGGGCGCCCCCUUCCCCAAGGCUCGCCGGCCAGAGAGCUCGCUCCUGGGAGGCUCUGAGGCGGGAGAGCGCCUUCUACAGCAGGGGUUGGCGCAGGUAGAGGCCGGGCGGCGGCAGGCGGAGGCCACGAGGCAGGCCGCGGCGCAGGAGGAGCGGCUGGCGGACCUCGCCUCCGACCUGCUGCUCCAGUAUCUGCUGCAGGGUGGGGCCCGGCAGCGCGGCCUAGGGGGUCGGGGGCUGCAGGCGGCGGCGGAGCGCGAAAGCCAGAGGGAGGAGGAGGAGGCGGAGCAGGAGAGACGAGGCGGGGCGGAGAGGGUGGGGGAAGAGGAGGAGGCGGAGGCAGAGGCGGCGGAGGCGGAGAGGGCGCGGCAAAACGCGCUGCUGUUCGCGGAGGAGGAGGACGGAGAAGCCGGAGCCGAGGACAAACGCUCCCAGGAGGAGACGCCCGGCCACCGGCAGAAGGAGGCUGAGGGCGCAGAGGAGGGCGGGGAGGACGACGACGAAGAGAUGGACCCGCAGACGAUCGACAGUCUCAUUGAGCUGUCCACCAAACUCCACCUGCCAGCGGACGACGUGGUCAGCAUCAUCGAGGAGGUGGAGGAGAAGCGGAAGCGGAAGAAGAACGCCCCUCCCGAGCCCGCGCAGCGCCCACGAGCCGCCCCCGCCCAUGUGCGCUCCCCGCAGCCCCCGCCCCCCGACCCUGUUCCCGCUGGAGACGAGCUGCCCGACUGGAACGAGGUGCUCCCGCCCUGGGAUCGGGAGGAGGACGAGGUGUUUCCCCCAGGGCCCUACCACCAUUUUCCCAACUACAUCCGGCAGCGGACACUGCAGCCACCCGCUGGCUCGCGCCGCCGCCACUACCACCACGCCCUGCCACCCUCGCGCCACUAUCCCGGCCGGGCGGCCCAGGCGCGGCGCGCGCAGGAGGCGGCGGAGGCGGAGGAGCGCCGGCUGCAGGAGCAGGAGGAGCUGGAGAAUUACGUCGAGCACGUGCUGCUCCGGCGCCCGUGACCCGCCCUGGCCCCGCCCCCGCAGCUGCCACCACGCCCUCCGUGUCACAUCCCCACCAACUCGGUGUUUGCAUGCCCCCCGUCCCCGCCCCUGCUCCGCCCGCGGGCUGUGUCGGAACCUGUUGGACCUCUCACGGGGUCCGAAGCCCGAACUCCCCAGGCUCACUCACGGAUGUCCCAGGGCCAACGGGUGGGUGGUGUGUACGAGAACCCCCGCGGGGCCCUGUCCCCGUCCGAAACCGGAAAAAGCCGUCCCAGUUAAUCGUGUGAAGUGUGUCUGUUUCCCGCCCUUUGGGCCCCCCAUGAGCCUCUCCACCCUCUCCCGAGAUGGCUGUGAGUUCACCCCUACUUCCCUUUCCCUGUUGUAAAUACCCCUCACGGAGGAAAUAGUUUUGCUAAGAAAUAUAAGUGACUAUUUUAUUAGGA